AUGGCUAAUAAAGGCCCUUCAUACGGCAUGAGCCGUGAUGUCAUGUCCCGCAUAGAAAAAAAGUAUGAUGACGAAUUGGAGGCACGUCUACUGCAGUGGAUUAAGCUUCAGGCUGGUGCUGAUGCAGGGGAACCACCAGAGCAAGGACGAUAUGGAUUCCAGCAAUGGUUGAAGAAUGGAGUGGUUCUUUCAAAACUGAUAAAUAGCCUAUACCCAAGGGGCUCACAGCCUGUUAAGAUCCCUGAACCCCCUCCCAGCAUGGCCUUCAAGCAAAUGGAACAAGUGGCGCAGUUCUUAAAGGCAGCCGAGGAUUAUGGAGUGGUGAAAACCGAUAUCUUCCAAACCGUAGACCUGUAUGAAGGAAAAGAUUUAGCUGCUGUUCAGAGGACAGUUGUGGCUCUUGGAAGUAUUGCAGUCACUAAAGACGAUGGCCAGUAUCAAGGAGAUCCCUCCUGGUUCAUGAAGAAAGCCCAGGAACACAAACGGGAUUUCACUGAAGACAAGAUGAAACAAGGAAAGAAUAUAAUUGGUUUGCAGAUGGGUAGCAACCAAGGAGCCUCCCAGGCUGGCAUGACAGGCUAUGGCCGCCCAAGACAGAUUAUGAGUUAA